AUGGGCAGAGUUUUCAAGAAAAAUCAAACCAAAAAACGGCAAAAGGAAGAAGAGGAAGAAGUUUCUGAACAACCGGUUAGUUUUGAUUUACAUGUUUCGUUGAAAUUUUAAUUUUUAGGUUUUGAAAAAGAAAAAGGAAGAAACUCCUGAAGUUGAAGAAGAAUUAGAAGAUGAAGAAAUUGACGACGAAGAAUUCGAGGAUGAAGAAGAAAUUGAUGAUGAAGAGGAAGAUGAAGAAGAAUUAGAAGAUGAAGAUGGCGAAGAGAAUGAAGAAAUUUUGAACUUUGAUUUCGAAGGUUUUCCAAUGGAAGAAGAAGAUCGUGAUGGAAUUGUUAAUAUGUUAACACAAACAUUCCUUCGAACAGAUAUUGAUUUGAAAGAAUUCGCAGAAACAUUGAUUAAUCAAAAAUCAAUUGGUUCUGUAAUUGGACCAGCAGAUGAUGAAGCAGAUGAAGAUGAUACUCAUGUUGUUUAUGGAGUAUGUUCGACACUUCCGAUUGAUAAUAAAAAUCAGCCAAAAUUUGUGAAGGAUAUUCAAAAUUAUUUGACGACUAGAGCUAAGAAAUCAGCCAGCAAAGAAGUUCAAGCGAAAAUUGAGCAGUUUUUUGGGGAUGAUGAUUCGGCUAUUUUUGUCAAUGAAAGAAUGCUCAAUUUUCCGCAUUUGGUUGUUCCUCAUAAUUUUUCAGCAAUCAGGUAGGAUUUUGAGAUUGAUUGAGAAAAAAUGUAAGAUUCCGAAAAUAUUUUUAUUCUAAAAUUAAUCAGAACAUUUUUUAAUCGUUUUUCAAGUUUUAAAAUAGACAAUUAUUGCUCCAUUAUUAAAAUUAGUUAUCAAAUUUAUUUCAGAAGUGACCUCGAAAAACUCAAAAAAUCAAUCAAAACAGUGAUGUACAUCCAAAAAAUCCGAGUCUCUGACAAAAAACCAGAAAACGGAGAAAGUUCGGGCGGACCAUCGAAAUCGAAACGAAAAAUGGGAAAAGCUGAGAAAAAGAGAAUGGCUGCACAAGCUUUGGCUGAAUCGAAUAUUGAAUUCGAUAAUAUUGAAGACAAACUUCUUUUCGAUUUGAAACCCGGAAAUCUAAUUCAUUUCGAUUUUGCAGUUCACAUGGAUGUUGAACCUGGUAGUAAAUUUCAUAUUACCGAAAAAGAUGGCCAAAAAUGGAAUCCUUUUAGGCGAUUAGUUAUUAUGGACUAUAAAAGGUAGGAUUUUAAACUCUAUUAAUUGAUAAAUUAUUUAAUUUUCUAGAUUCGAUGCAUUUUUGCAACGUGGAAUGCAAGGAAUCUAA